GCGGAGUGAUAGGGGUAUGUUUCAUGUUAGUGUGUGAUUUCGCCGUUUUUUACACUACUUUAACGAAUAAUAUCCAUGUAUUUUACUUUUUGGAAGACAACAGAUAGGCUUUCAAUGUUUGGUGUAUUUAAAUAUGUAAUUAUCAAACGAUCAAGUGCAUAAAAUGUCCUCAGUUGGGCACAGCCGACAACUGGUUGGUCUGUAGCCGGACUGGGGAAUGGUGUUAUUCCUCAGAAGAUGGGAGCCCAACAAGCAAAAGAGCGCGGUCUGAACCCAGGAUCACUUACUGUCCGAUCAACGAGACACAAACCAAGAGUGUCAAAGGAUGGCAGACAACAAGGAUCCAACAUUUUCACAGAACAUAGCGAAGCUCUAUUGGCCAGCCGACCAUUGCCUCACAUACCAGAGCCAGCGGGUCUUGCAUCCAGAUGGACAUCAAAAGAGAACCUUCUGUCUCAAGAAGAAGAUGACCCUCAGUUAUUUGUUGCUCUCUACGACUUCCAGGCCUCUGGUGAAAACCAGCUUACCCUUAAGAAAGGUGAACAGGUUCGUAUCCUGUCCUAUAAUAAAUCUGGCGAAUGGUGUGAAGCACAUUCCGCCUCAUCGCAGGUUGGAUGGGUACCUUCCAACUACGUGACACCGGUGAACUCUCUAGAAAAGCAUUCCUGGUACCAUGGGCCAAUUUCUAGAAAUGCUGCAGAGUACCUCUUAUCUUCUGGAAUUAAUGGAAGUUUUCUUGUCAGAGAGUCUGAAAGCUCUCCGGGACAAAGAAGUAUAUCCCUCAGGUAUGAAGGUCGAGUAUACCAUUAUCGAAUCAAUGAAGAUCCUGACACCAAGGUAUACGUGACAACAGAAAGUAAGUUCAACACUCUUGCUGAACUUGUGCAUCACCAUUCAAUGCACUCAGAUGGCCUAAUUACCCAACUCCUUUAUCCUGCACCAAAGCACAAUAAACCUGCAGUAUUUGCCUUAAGCCCAGAACCAGAUGAAUGGGAGAUUAAUAGAACUGAUAUAGUUAUGCGACAUAAACUUGGAGGAGGUCAGUAUGGUGAUGUUUAUGAAGCAGUGUGGAAAAGAUACAAUAAGACUGUAGCUGUUAAGACAUUAAAGGAAGAUACUAUGGCCCUAAAAGAUUUCUUAGAAGAGGCAUCUAUCAUGAAAGAAAUGAAACAUCCUAAUCUGGUUCAACUUCUAGGUGUUUGUACUAGGGAACCUCCUUUUUACAUCAUAACAGAAUUUAUGUCCAAGGGAAAUCUUUUAGAUUAUCUUCGUCUUGGGAGUAAAGAGAAUAUUGAUGCUGUUGUUCUUAUGUAUAUUGCAACACAAAUAGCAUCUGGUAUGAGUUAUCUUGAAUCAAGAUGCUUCAUUCAUCGGGACCUCGCUGCUAGAAACUGCCUUGUAGGAGAUAAUCAUCUCGUGAAAGUUGCUGACUUUGGAUUGGCCCGGCUAAUGAGGGAUGAUACUUAUACCGCGCAUGCUGGUGCCAAGUUUCCUAUCAAAUGGACGGCUCCAGAAGGAUUGGCCUACAAUAAAUUUUCUACAAAGUCCGAUGUUUGGGCAUUUGGAAUAUUGCUUUGGGAAAUAGCUACAUAUGGUAUGUCCCCUUAUCCUGGUGUAGAUCUGACAGAAGUGUAUCACAUGCUGGAGAAGGGUUAUAGAAUGGAAUGUCCCCCUGGCUGCCCACCAAAGAUUUAUGAAUUGAUGAGACAAUGCUGGCAGUGGGAACCAUUAGAUAGACCUUCAUUCCAAGAAAUUCAUCAUGCUCUUGAAAACAUGUUCCAAGAAUCUAAUAUUAUGGAAGAGGUUGAGAAGCAGCUUCAAGGUAGUUCAACUCCUCAAAUGUCCUAUAAGAAACCGCAUAGUGGGAGUACAGGAAAUAUCAAUAACAUGGUCCUUGUAGCUGAUCAAGUUCAAACUGAAAGUACCACUGUUAGUAAACUCUCAACAUUUAGCAGUGUAAGGGAAGGAGGAAACACUCCAAAUUCUACUAGUGCUACUUCUGUUAAAAGCAACAACCCAGUACAGAUGAGGAGAACUACAAACAGAAAGGGAAAAACUGCACCAGCUCCUCCUAAAAGAACUAGUUUACUGUCUUCAUGCAGUUCAUUUCGUGAUUCAACUUAUGCUGACCAGGAACAACCACAGGAAGUGAUCAAUUCUGAAGAAACUCAAUCAGCACUUAAUGGUAUUGAACUCAUUUUUGAAGGGCUCACUAAAGAACUUCAGUCAUUAGGGCAAAAGACAGAUUCUGAAGAACAGAACACACCUGAUACAGAUGAAUCUGGUGGAACUCAAUCAUUCCCAGGUGAAGGUUUUAAAAGGGCACAGGCUCAAGAACAUCCACCAAAGGUUCAGGUUGCAGCACUGGAAGUUCAGAAUGUUCGGAAGGCCAUCAACCGAUACGGGACAUUGCCAAAAGGAGCUAGGAUAGGAGCAUAUUUAGAAUCUUUAAGGCAAAAUAAUUUACCACCAGAAAACAAUAACCCUCCUGCUGGUAAUGAGACUCCACCAGCUCAAAGAUCACCAAGAAGUAAAAUUCAGGCACCAGGUCAGAUGAUUCGAUCGAAUUCAUCAGGAGGAUUCACUCAUCACCAUCAACCUCCUAGUUCUCCUAGAUCAAGGGCUAGGGCUGGUCAACCAUCAUUAGCAGACUUGGAAUUCCCACCGCCACCUCCUCCAGAAGAACUUGAUCAACCACCAUACAGAUUUGGUGUAAGUUUGCGUAAGAGGGAGCCUUCAACUGAUUCUUGUAGUUCAGCUAAGUCUGAGCCUGCCCGGCGAGGCUCUAGGCCUAAAGAGCUUCAACAACCAGAAAGUUCUCCUGAAGAACAACUGAAAGCAGCAUUGCCAGGCAUGAUGAAAGAAAUGAUGGGACUAAAAGAUAGUCCCCCACAAGAACCAAAGAUUAAAAAAACUACAGCAACAAAGCCUGAAGGUAGAGAAAAUAAAGUAGAAGAUAUCGUUGAAAUGAAAUCGAAGUUAAGAAAAGUAGAAACAAAGCCUGCUGAAGAGGAAGAUGAAGAUGAUAAAAGAAGAAGUACUGGUAGUAUUAGUAGCUUGAAGAAAAUGUGGGAAGGAGAGAGCAGCCCCCCCGAAGGUGUCAGGAAGUGGCCCCCUCCUGAUGAGAAACCUGCAGUGCCAACAAAACCCAAUGUUCGUGGGAUAAAGACAGUACCUCCUGCUAUAUACGCAACCCCAGGAGGAUUGACCAAUGUUGUGGAAAUAUCCCAAGCCCUCGAGAAUAGCAUUAAUACCCUCAAGACUGCUGCUAGUGUUAGUACAGCCAACUGGUUACAAUUGUCAGAUAAAGUUGGCCUCUUCCAUUCCUCUUGCUUAAGUUAUGUCAACACUGUUGCUCCUCCAGCGACUAGAUUCCAUUUGAUGGAACUUUUGAACAGAGUAGAAUCACAAGGAAGAAACCUCAGAUCUGCAGGCGCAAAAAAUUCUGCUGAUAAUGUUAAAGUUCUUGAUGACCUGCAUAAUACACUUAAAGACGUUGUUAAUGCUGUACAAAGAUAAAAUGUGUAAAUAUGAAUAUUUUUGUGACUAGCGGUGGUGUGCAUUAGUUGGGUUGACACCCUGUGAUAUUGUAUAUAUUUCCAGCCUUGUCCCAAAACACAUUAUUAUACCUCCUUUUUCCCUUUAUUUUGUAUGCUCAAGUGUACGUUUUCCUUUUAUUAGUGUGCCACAAAUGAAUGUUUAGUGUGUGAUGGAACAGUCUAAUUAUAACUGUGUAUGCUAGUCUUUUUUUAAUUAAGGGAAAAUCUAUUAAAUAAACAGAAUCGAUAACAAUUAGUUUUUAAAUUGUAUAUUUCAACUAUUCAUUAUUUUCCUUAGUGAUUUAUAAAUGAAUAUUUAAUUGAUACUUUUUUGUAUAAAAUAUAUAUUGUAGUUUAAUAUUUUUAGACUAUAAAUUUAAAUGAAAUCUCCCUUUUUUUCGUAAAGUGUAUUUACAUUUUUCAUUUAUCAGUUUUAUAUACGUCGAACUGAAUAAAAAUUAUUUAUGCAGAAACAGUCUAAUUGAUAAUUCCGUGAUGAAAAACAAAAGGAUUUAAAUAUAUAUUUAUGUUAUAUGAGUUUAAAAUUGUAUAGUUUUAAUCUGUAGAAGAAAAAAAUUGACUAUAAUAAAAAGAGAGCAUAAUGCCUUCUGUACCCAUAGCAUUAAUGGUAUUCAUUGAUGUUUUAUUUUGUUUUUAUAGCAUUCAAUUUUUGAAAAUUUGAACUUUGAUUAUCAUUAUACACUUGAACAUUAAUUUAUUUGAAAUAAAUAAAAGCACUGUUUCAAAGCUUAAGGAGAAAAAAAGUAAAUUAAGAUUUUUAAAAAAAAUUAUAAAUGACAUGGUAAUGUUAUGUACUCAUAAUGUAAAUAUUUUCCAUGAAGGCAUUAAUCGCCUCUGUAAGAUUUCAUUAAAAAUGACCAUGAAAUAUGAUUUGUAUCAAUCUCUAAUUUUUUUUAAAAUAACAAUAUAAAUUGAAUUUUUGUUAAUAAUUUUUUCAUAACAUGUACAUGCAUUUUUUGCGUGUUCAUAAUACUGUGAAAACAAAAAAACAGAAUGCCCUUUAUGUAAUGCUGUACAAUGAAAAACGUUUUUAUAUUUAUUUCUUUCAUUUCCUCCUGUUUUGCUCAUAUCUAUUGUCAUUGAAUCUGAGUUAAUCCAAGGAAAGGUAUUGUUAUGAUGAUAAGCAUGAUUGUAUGAAUUUCAUUGAUAGUAAUGAUUCAGUUUAAUUACUGUGAUAAUCCCAUAUUUUUAUGAACAAAAUUUCUUAUCUUUAAACAUAUAACUUCUGAAUUGAUCUAUUUAAAAUGAAAUUAAAUGUGAAAUAAGUAUUUUAGCAUGUCCUAUUACACUUCUUGGUAGGACUCAUGAUCUCAUUUCUUAAUUUUAUACUUGUAAACAAUAAACACGCUUAAUAACACAUUUUUUUGUGUUGAGAAUUUUGAUAUGUGUUAUAGAUGAACUUCACUUUCAGUCCUUUAAAUCAAUUUAAUCAUUAAGAGAAAUACAUUAUUUAACUUGUAAGUUGUUUUCCUAGAUCCUGUUAUCAAUUUUUAAAAUAACUAGGUUUCUCUACUCGAUUAAGAGAUUAUAGUUUUAUUUCUGUCUGUAUAUACAGCUUCCUGUGAAUAAUCGGCAACAAUUGUCUCUGUUAUUGUUCUCAUACCGAGUUGAGAAUUUAGUGUGGUUUUUAUAAGGUUUCUCGGUUAAUCCUAUUUUAUAGUGAAUUUAUAAGUUAAAUUUUUUUUUAGGGCUCCCUUUUUUCAACUAUGGUAAUUUCAUACAUUUUAAACUGAAGUAUCGAUGAUUUUUCCUACAAUUUUUAUCUUUCAAUGCAUCAGUUAAGGAUGUUAAGUGGUUCAAAAAAAUCAUGAAAAUUGACAUGACCAGCCUUUUAAGGUUUUGUAACAUGUAGAGUUCCAAGAAAACUAUUUAACUCACAAUAAUACAGAAAAUAACAACAAUGCAUUAUAUGAUUACAUUUAACCUGUAUCAAUAUUUAAUAAUUUAAAAAACUGUUCCUUUUAUCACACUCCCCCUCUGCUGGCAGUGUCCACCCUGGGCCUGCUAACAGGAUCAUUUGAGAAAGAGUUCAUGGAUAUUAGUUCCAUGUUUCGAGGAGGGGGAGCAUCUUCUAAUAUUUUCGGGUGUUGUGGCUAUUUAUUUUCAGGAUCUCUUUCAUGAAAUGUGAUCAUUUGAGAUAAGUGCCAUCCAGGAUUUUCAUAUGGGGUAUAGACUCUCCUCUCCUGUUUCAUUCCUAAUUUGUUAAUAGGAUAUUAUACCAUGUCAAAAUAGAGAAAUUGAUAUGAUUGAUUAAUUAACCCUUUACUUGCAGGGAGCCUCAAUCAAGAUCAAGUCCCAUGUGGGAGGGAUUUAGUCACUGAAUUGCUCCCAUCUUUUUGCACUUUUCACUUUUCACAAUUGACCUAUAAAUUUUUCUUUGAUAUGAUAGGUCAUAUUUCAAUAAACCAUUAAUUUUUUACUUUCACUUACGUAUAUAUGUAAUAUACAGUAAGAGUAAAUAUUGCUUGAAAUUUUUUUUAAUACAGGGUACCCUGAGUCCAAAUAACCAAGUCCCGAAAUAUGGUCUGUAUGUUUGUAUGUUAGCAGUCUAGCUCAAAAACGAAAAGUUGUAGAAACUGACAUUAUCUAUUUAAGAUAGCUUUAUGUCUUAGAUGUGACAGCAACUUUUUCCUUAAAAUUGGCCAACCAGAAUGACCACUUUAUAUCAAUGGUGAGGUACAUUUUUACAAUUUUCUGAAAAACUGCUCAAAGGAUUUUGAUUAACUCCCUGUAUCAUUGUAUAAUUAAGUGGUCUUUAAUAUCAAUCAGGUCUUAUCCCCAUUGAUGUCACUUUACAGGGCUUAGAUGACCAAUGUUCAUAUAAGUCUUCCUUUAAAGUACCUUUAAUAUGGUUUAUUCUAAAUCAUUAAUCAUCUCACAUUAUUUAGAGUUAUGAAAAAAUGCUAAAUAUAACUUUUGAAAGAAUUUGAUAAUUGAAUAAAAGAGAAAAAAAAAAUAAAAAUGCUUAUUAUUA